AUGCAGAGUCGUUUCGAUGAGGAACUAGAAUACCCUGGGUCAAGUCUAGGAUCCAGAUUAGGUAGUUUUGAACGCCUAAAAAUGGACAACUAUGGGAAAGGUAAUAAUUAUAAAGCAAAUCCAUUUGGGUUUGAAAACAAAUCAUAUGUGGAGACCUUGAUACACAAAAAUUUUAAACAUUUGGAAUUAACCAAGUCUUACGAGUUGUCAGACUACUUUAUCAUAUCGUCAUUAGGUAUACUCGCAACUUUUGUAUAUGAAAUAAUGGCAUUAUUCCGCAUUUUCACGUUAAUCCACACGGAUGAUAUUCCUACUUUUGGUCUACUAAACAAUGUUAGAUCAUUUGAACUUUUCUUUUCCGCCUCUGCCGUGUUAAGCAUUGCGUUCAUAUCGCUUAUGUAUUAUGGACUCUACAAGUUUAUAACCGCUAAGUGGAUUAAAAUGUGCAAGUUUGUUUCCAAAUUGGCGGGAGAGACCUUUAUAAAUCACACAAAAAACUGCGUAUUAGAGAAGGUGUCUCAGGAUUGUCGAGAUCAAGAUAAAUUCAGAAAGUUUGGUAAGCAAUUCGCCACUGCGCUUGACUAUGCCAUUAAGGAAUUUGAGCCCGAUCGUACCGAAUUGAGUGAAUGUUCAAAAUACGUUUGGAAUAAAAGCAAAUGUUCAUUGUGCAAGUUGCAAAUGCAGUGUGUGGUUAUGCCAAUAUGCGCUGUUACAAUCGCACAAUCUUUAAUUGGCGCGUAUGUGUACUACAUCGCAAUGUAUUACCGCCGGGUUCCCCUCGGUCAUCCCACCUUGAUCACCAAAUUCCGCUGGUUUGCUGCAGUACAAUAUGAAGGACUGCUAUGGAUAUCCUUACAGUGUACAAUAUCCCUUAUCGCCAUUUUCAUCGUGUAUAAGCAUAACAAAAAGAUGCCACAAAUUAUAGAAGAGCAAGCCGAUACAGCUUUGGGUAAUGCCAACUAUUUUGCAAACAUCCUAGUAAAUCGUAUUUGGGACGAUAAAUCAUCAAUCCUAAAUGGAAAUGACACUAAGAUUGUGGGUCUAGAAUCGAUGGGGGUCUGUAACUUAUUAGGUUGUGGCAGUAUUUGCAACGGAAAUAGUUCAGAUAAAGGAAAAAAUUGUGAAACUCUAAGCAAUUCCACCUGUGUCUAUCCUACAAGUAACGACUAUAAUCUCACCAGUGUCAACGAUCUCCAUGAAUACAUUCGGCAAGUUUAG